AUGCGUCGUGGUCGCGGGAUGUUGCAUCCAAAACAGAGGUCUAUGCGCGUACAGCGUGAGCAAACACCAACAAGGCGAGAUAGAGAUGUAACUUCUAAUAAGAGCGCCAAAGACACUAGAAAGCGACGCUCCGCGGCCACCGAAUAUUCAGUCUAUCCAAAUUCAGCAUAUACCCAGAUAAGCGAAGCGCUGCCAGUAGACCAAGUCGUACAGGAACCAUAUAGGUCUGAAUGCGCUUUAACGGAGUGCCAAACGCCAGUCGAUGAAAACCGAAAGAAAAAACUUCAGCCCAAGAAAGUGGUAGGAACAACAGUUACAGCGGAGGGGAACGACUUUUCAAUCCUGAACAUGAACAGACACAAGAAAAAUCACCAUCAUGACCUGACAGGCAUCAGAAAAGAUAUCCAAAGGGAGAGCUGGCAUUACGACGAAGAGCUCAACACGGAGGACUUGGUGACCACAACGGAAACGGGGGCUGCACCAGCAAAAGACGUGAUGCAGAGAAUGUCCUUCGAACUCCGGGAAUUGAGACCGGAAAAUGAUAUGGGGAGCGAACCUAGAGAUACAGGGCGCGAAGAACAGGAAAAUGCUGAUGAGGUUGGUUAUGAACUUUGGGGGGAUGUUUUUGAGUCUGAAGUGGGGAUGGCUUCACCAAAAUCAAAGAUGAUCAAUGAUUCGCCAAGAUCUGUAGCCGAAUUUGAGAUACAGCCGGAGAAACCUCCGUCUCCUCGGGGUCUCAUUCAUCUACAGCAAAAGCACCGGGGUCGUACGAUAUCCAAUUCAUUUCAAGAGGGGCUCUUGGAGACUUUUCUCAACCAAGACGAUUUAAGCGAGGAUGAAGGUAAUUCAUCCCUCGGCAAAACUACCAACAAAUUACAGAGUGCGAGGGUUGGUGUUUUCAGAUUACGAGAAGAAUGCCGAAGAACGCGUGAAGAGCUCCGCAGGAAAGAACGGGUUAAAAUUGCUGCAGACGAAGCUUUCAUCAAGUUUGUGAGAGAGAACCUGCAGAUUCAAGCUCUCCCAAACAAGUAUCAUGAUGCUUUAGCUCCUGUAUUUUCACAACUGGAUCAACAUUUCACAGCAAUGCAGAAAGCUAGAGAUGAAUACGGACCGCUGGACGACAAAUAUAAUGCGCUCUUUGACAAUCUCGAUGAUAAGGAGUUCAACAUGGCGCGAAUUGAAGGUCAAGUAAACAGACAAAAUCCCACAGGGGCGAGUGUAGAAUCACAUCAGGUGUCGAAGAAAGCCAGGUCUGCCUCCCCAGACUCUCUGGUCGACAUGUCCUGGGAAACAAAGUACCAUCCGCUGCAUUGCAAAUAUCUCUCACGACUUGGCGACCUCGAGCUGGCUCUAGAAGAACACGAAAUUAUGGAGCUUGACUUGGACAACUUUAUCUACCAAGACUCGAAAGCACACUCAAAUGGUCCCUUCAACCCAGAACUUGAGGCGAUCAUGAAGAAUUUACCAGCCCAGCGGGCCGAAUUACAGAGUAGAAUCGCCAUCAUAGAAGCGGAAGUCGAGGACUUGAGAGUCAAAUGUUUGGCGGAAGGCAUAGACCUCCAACUAAGGACUAUAAGCACUGUAGCAAGAGAGAAAAGCAUUGAAGAACUGCCAUUUUCAGAUGAAAACCAUUUGGAUGUACCCCGUGAUUUCUCGAUUUCACAAAAGAAUAUCAGUCAUGAUAGCCACAGUAUGUUCCAUUUAUUAUCCCCCCAUCCCGGUGACGGGAGAGGCAAAGACAAAUUAUUUCGAGAAUUGAUCACUGAGUUCGACGAGGAUAACAAAAGCGACCGAAUCAACCGAUGGCUCCUUCAUGGACUUAGAACCUCUCCAUUGGCCCUCGACCUUCUCGUCCAGAUUUUCCUGGGUGUUGCAAAUAUUCUCGACUUAAGCAAAUGGCAGACCGACCCCUUCCAGUGGCAACGUAGUGUUUUAUCCGAAUGGGAACGAGAUGCAGCAAACAUUCCAGCAGACGCUUUCAAUCUGGCAGUGACUCGGAACUCUCUCAGCCAUACCUCAAAGACCUCUGAACGUUUCUCUGUAAGGAGGCGAUCUGAUAUGAAUAGUCCCAAAGACAAGGGUAUGAUAUAUCCAACACUACCUCUGCGACCUUGGAAAAGUGAACCAUCUCGCUUAGGUGCGGAUAUGGGAAAAAGUGCUGGUAGUCUUCAGAAGGGUUCUAUUUGA